GCAUUCGACGAUCACUGAAUCAAGAGCUCUGUUGUACAAUUAUUCGGUCUGUAUCCCAGCAUGGGCCCGGAAGUUGUUUGGGAUUCCCAGGUAAAAAAAAAAAAAAAAUCCCGGAGAUGCUGUCGUCGCCUGGGAAAACAAACAGCUAUCCAGACAAUUAAAAAAGAAAACACCAGUCGGUCGCCAGGUAAGGAAGAGGCUUGUGGACUUCGCCGCGGCGCUUGGUAAGCAAACCCAUCAGCUUAAAAUUGAAAGUACGGCAUGUUUUUGAGUAGUUGGUCUGGUGAAUGCCAUUUGUCGUGUGGUCGGGUGCCAUAGCAACGGCUCAUGAGAAACAUUGUACAGCUCAGGCCACUUUGACGUGCUCGAUGUUGGAUGACAGCAGGAUCAUUUGGACAGCGGCAACUCCGGCAACAAAUUGCCGUUAUGUCUCGCCGCUGUCUGGACCGCUUGGGAGCUGAUUGGUGCUAUAACGGCGCUCAUUUUUUUCCCCCGAGCUGCUAAAACAAGUAGCCACUCAUGUCUUGAAAAGGCUGGAUAGUUAUUUGAGAGUGUAACACAAUGUGUUUUACAGCACGUUUGGCCGUGUCGAGCCGAAUUGUCCAUGUCGGCUCAUGGUGGUGCGCGUCCCUUUUUUCUUAAUCGCCGUGCCCUGGUUUGACUGGCGCGUCUCCCGGCUGCAUCAGUGCCUGUUGCUCCCAUGCGCGGCCAAUGCCAGGAUAUUAAUUUUCCCUGCGAGGUGUUGUCUCCGCCCCCCUGCCCCCCUCCACACCCCUCCACAGUCUCCUCUGUCCAUUGUUGCCAUCCAUUAGACCAAAAGGUGCAGCUAUGGACCUAAUGGUCUUUCUCGUGAUCUUUUAUAACAUAAUUUAUUUUAGCCGUAUCUGAACUUCUGUCAGACGAAAAUAACAUACAGUUUGUCUGAGAAUCUCAUCACUUAAGACUGCAACUGGUCUCUCUUUGCUGCAUGCACAUAUACCUACUGUAGAUUUUUCACUGCAUUUAUUUUUAGUCUAUCAAACACACACAUUGUGGCUGAACAAAAUAUUUUAAUGGAAUCACCUGGCUCUUAAAAAAAUACACCAGAUCAAUAUAACCCAUUAGAACAAAAACUAAUUUAAAAUAUUUGUCAAGAUUUGGGCCUACAUGUAUAAACAUAUGUAUUUAUACACGCCAAUAUAUACUUCACACACCUGUUUUUUCCAAAUGAUAUCUCUAUCUAUUCUUUCUUCUUCUUUCCUCGAGCCCUCAAGAUGAGAUAACAAGUGCAUUAUUACAAAAAUUACUGCUGCUGUGUUGAUUAUUAUAUCCUUAACCUGUGCAAUACAUGUCUAUAUAAAUAUAAAAAUGUACACAUAUUCUAACACACACAUAUAUAUAUUUAUUUUUGAUAAUUUUAUUUAGUAUUUAUCUUUCUAUUUUAUUCUUAUACGCAUGUUUUAUUUUUAUACUCUGUAGAAUUCUUGUCUUGUAUAUAUAUUACCUUCUUUCUUACAACUAUUUGUACUUUUACUACCUUAUUCUUACUUGUCUAUUGCACUGGAAAAGGAGAAGCUCUCCAAUCUCGUUGUACUUUUAAUAUGAUGACAAUAAACAUUCCGGUUCUGAUUCUGAUUUAACUAAGACUACAGUAGAUUUCUUGGAAUUAAACUUUGUCAAAGACUUAUCAGAUCGAUCUCUCAGUGGUGUAAGAUCUGGGCGUAAUGCCCCUGAUUUCUUUGAAGAGAAAGGUGUUCCAGUAAUGUCCAACCCUGGCAGUUUUAACUCCUCCUCUGAAACUCUGGGCGAGGAACUUUCUAUUACUACGAAGCUUCCUAUAUUAAUCGACUUGCCACAUUGCAAAAGAUUCGAUGAGAUUCAAAAAAGAAGAGGAAAACCUAGGUUUACUCGAGAGGAUUUAAACUGUGUAUACAUUAUAAAGGCCUUGGAGCUGUUUUCUAGCCAAAUUCUUGUGCCGACAAACAUCUGGUAAGUGUAUUUAUACAGUUAGUAGCAAAGUACUAAAUGUAUAAUUUGCGGUUGACAUGUGUCGGAUAAUUAAAGAAUAUAUCUUUCUUUUCUUGGUCGAAACAGAGAAUAUUAUUGACAAUAAUCUAUUUAUAUUUUAUCCUCCAGGCAUCUGGUGAGAGAAUGAAUGCUGAUGACUGCAAUGGACGCUCAUUUGCACAAGGUUACUUUAUACUUUAAAGGAAAAGCAGCAUACAUUUGUGUGUGCAGUCUCCAUACUUUAAUGUUUACUCUAAUAAUGUGCCCAUAUUUGUGUUUCAGGUAAUGAAAGAGAGUCAUCUACAGAGCAAGAUUUUUAUGGCAGAUUGCAGGGCCCUGCAGCAAGAUCACCUAACAGUCAGCAGUCCUCUCCACACCGCUCUCUUAGUGGUCAGUUAUCAUUCCUUUAUUCCACUGUGGACACGCUCUGUGUACUAUUCCUCAUUAAAAUGACAUGUGAAGGUAAAUGCUCUUCCUUCACCCUCACUCCACACAGCCAACUCAAUCAAGGUUGAGCUGUGCAGUGAUGAUGAGUCACCGGGUGCUCCUCAGGCAGAGAACAGGGAGGCUGUGAGGGAUGAGAGCAGAAGCGACGACAGAGGGGACCCCAUGGAGGAAGGGAUCACAGAGUACACCAGGGAAGAGAGAGAUAGAGUAAGUGUCUACAAUGAGAUGGUCAGUCCAAACCCUGCUUCACCGGGACCCAUCCGGCUGCCCAACGGAAAGCUCCAAUGCGAGGUGUGCGGGAUGAUCUGUAUCGGACCAAAUGUUCUUAUGGUCCACAAGCGAAGCCACACAGGUGAGAACAAACCCACAUCAUUAGAAACCAUACUAUUAUUUUCUUUGCUGCAAAUAGAGGCACCAUUUUUAUACGAUCCUGUCCACCAGGUGAGAGGCCAUUCCAGUGUAACCAGUGUGGAGCUUCUUUCACCCAGAAGGGGAACUUGUUGCGCCACAUCAAGCUGCAUUCAGGAGAGAAGCCUUUCAAAUGUCCCAUUUGCAACUAUGCUUGUCGCCGGAGGGAUGCCCUGGCCGGACAUCUACGCACACAUGCAGGUGAAUAAGGAGACCUCAAUAGUAACGUAGCACAAUAUUGGUCCUAUAUGUAAUGGUAAGUUGUAAAAGUGCAGUGAUUUAUUAACAAGGUCCAUUUCUCGCUUCUGUGAACCUCAAAGGAAAUCGACCUUCUUCCCCACAAUGUAGAGUAAAGCACGUGAAGAAUAUGACAUUUAGCAGUGAAAAACAGGAAAUCCUGUUGAUGUUUUCAAAUUUAAAACCCAUACUCAACAGGUGUUCAAAUACAGUCUUUCACUGUAGGUCUUUGGUCGAUUGGCGGGUCUCACAGGUUCAUUUUCAAAGAAAAGAUUCUUACCGAUUUGGAUUUCAGGGAAUUGACGUCAGAUUCUCCGACUGGUUACUAAGAUGACACGCUGCGGUUAAGGGUUUGGGGUUAGGCGUUUUUUUUUUCUGCCAAGCAACUGAAUAAUUUCAGUCAUUACCGAUCAAUGGGGAAAUCCGUUAUCUCACACAUGCAGAAAAAAAAAAUUACCCCACCACCCCACCACCACCACCACCACGCAUACAGUAUGAUUAUCAAUAUUUAAUUCAACCAUAAGUGUCCUGCCUCUCUCUGAAAAAGUUAUAAGAACAACACUUUGCUAAUAAUUGCAGUACCUUCUCCAACGGUGGGGAAACCAUUCAAAUGCACCUACUGCAGCCGCAGCUACAAACAACAGAGCACACUGGAGGAACACCUGGAGCGCUGCCACAGUUAUCUGACUAGUCUGGACCACCAGGCAGCACUCAACACACAGACUGCGCAUGGUAACAUAUGACACAAGCAUGUCACAACAAUAACAUCUAAGUGUUUAUGAAAUGGAUAUACUAACAUGGUGUAUGUUUGCAGGUGAAGAGUCAGUAAAAAUGGAUAUAAGUACCAAAUCUGAGCUUCAACCUCCGAAUGGCAAAAACCAGUCUGUGGACAGACUGGCUAUAAGCAUCACGAAACGCAAGAGGUCAACACCGCAGAAGUUUUUAGGUGAGUGUUUUUCUUUCAAAAGUUACCAGAUGAUGUCACUUAAGGUGACCUUACACCCUGAUGAAUGUUUCUGCUCACCAGGUGAAAAGCACAUGCCCCUAGACUUACCUGAAGCACCUUAUGAAUUGUCCUCUGGCUCUGAGAAGGAAGGAGACCUCAUGAGCUCUCAGCUUGCUGGAGACCCUGCUCAACUGGCUGGUCCACAUCUUCAAGGUGAAAGAGUUAAAGGGGAGAACAAUGAGCCAGCUGCACUCUCUCGCCUCCAUCCUGCUUUCUUGUCCGAGUUCCGCACAGUUAUGGGCUCCAUCAACAGCAGUGUGCCUCCUCAUGGCUCCAGAGGCCAAGGUGGAGGAGGGACAGCAGUGAUGCCUCUUGGUGGGGCCAGUGAAGGCCGAGAUGACCAACCCUCAGCCCACAGCCACACCACCUCUCCAAACGGCUGCCCCGACUCCACAGACACAGAGAGCACAGCAGAAGAGCAGAGCACAAGGGCCACUGCCCCGACAAGUACCUCCAACAACCACCACCUCCACUAUCAAACCCCAGCACUGCCCCGCAACCAUUCCAACUCCAGCCCAAGCCGGGCCAAAGACUUGGACUCUGAGUGGGAGCGGGCAUGUCCUGUACCCACUGCCAUUGGGAAGAGAAUCUCCGGCUCCCUCCCUGCUCCCAGAGAGACCAUACAGGUGUUGGACAGGGAUGGCCGGUCUGUGCGUUCCUUCCACUGCCGCUACUGUCGCAUCCUCUUCCUCGACCAUGUCAUGUUCACCAUCCACAUGGGCUGCCAUGGUUUUCGCCAACCAUUCGAGUGCAACAUCUGUGGUCACCGCAGCCAGGACCGCUACGAGUUUUCAUCUCACAUCAGCCGCGGGGAGCAUCAGGUGGGCUGAGGGGAAGGGUCAAAGGUCAGGUGAGGGGAGGUGAAUGCCUCUCUUUUAGUGGGCUCAUGUUUGUUCUGCACCAGGUCAUUGCUUUAAAUCUGUAGUUUAAGGAUAAAAAGUUUUGUUUUAAAAUAGUUAUUAAAUUUAAGCAGAUGAAGGUUCUAACCCUUAUCCUUUAUUUCAAAUUGAGCAGAAGCAAAUUACAUCCUAUUACUGAUUGCACUCCCUUAUCUAAUCAUUCGGCAAAACUACCAGUUUUGCUCUGAAAGUGCCUUCUUUGAGGAUUUCCUCUUAACUUUAUAAAAAUAGAGGGAGACUGGUGCUCAGAAAUCUUAACUAGCCAUCUUUUGCUAAGUAAUUUAGUUAGUUUUUUUGAGAAGGUGGUUAAGAAAAGCAUCUGAUGUACAGUAAAAGAAUGUUAUAUGGAGUUUUCAGUCUGCACUAAGAGCUAUGUUUUUGUGGUUGAAGAAGGUAUUUUGUAUUGUGUGUCAGGUGAGUUUAAUAUGCACUGAGAGCAUUGUGCCUCUGAGUUUGGGUGGAGCUUUUGUCGCAGACAAAGCACAGAAACAGAUUGCCUUAAUUCUUACAGUAGCACACUGCUGUAGGAAAACAUUGUUUACAGCCUGGUGGGGCAGUGUGUAAAGAGAAAAUAUUUGCAGCUGCACAGAGACAGGACAAAGCCGCAUUUCAAGGACAAGAAACUUGAAAAACAUUCACCCGAGGGUUAAGUGAUUGGGGUCUAGGGUUUUUGGAUUUCAAAGCAAGCCUUGGAAAACUGGUGCAGAUCAGACCACGAGCCAAGACGUGUACAGUAAGAGCUGACAGCCUAGGGUGCUUUAUCUACAUGGGAUUGAACUUUUUAGGUUCCCUGCUUAUAUCUGAACAUCUUUGCAGAAGCACUUAAUGGCUCUACUAUUUGUUCUGUAAUUGUUCUACUGCACUGAUAAGUCAUGUAAUAUUCAUAAUAGUUGAUCCUUUAAGUUGCAACACCAGUGUGAUUUUUUUAUGGAGCCGGCCUUCUACAAAAUACCACAGCUUUGCACUGGUUCUGUAGUUCACACUCAAAUGUGCUGCAAUGUUAGACUGAGAUUAUUUUUGUGGUUUUGUGCUCAGCAGCUGAUGCUGAGAUUUUAAACAUUCUGCAUAAUGUAAGGGAAUCAACAAAAUGAUUAUUUAAAAUUGAUCAACAAAUCAGUUGGGAUCUGUUCAGUUAUCACUUGUGAUUAUCUAUUUAGUGUUGUUUGUUUAAGCCUUGGUGUAUUUAAUCAGCUAUAUUCCAAAUCUUAUCCAGCAUAUUCCUCAAGUCCAUAAAAUGUUACCUCCUGCUUCUUUAUAGCACCCAAAAACCUUAGUGCUACCGUACGGUGAGUUAUCUGAUGUUAAUAUUGGGAACAUGAAUGAGACCAAACUCAGUAUUCUUACUUGUUCUUGUGGGUUUGCUGCUUCAUAGAUUUAAUUUUCUUCUUUUAAUUGCAGGCAAAAUAUACUUGAACUGUUUGAAAAAAAAAAGCUAUCUAAAAAUGCACUUGGUUUGAUAAGUAGAGAUGUGUGUGUGAAUGGAUUAUAGCAUGUGUGCUUGUCAUUUUCUGCUUUUUCCCUGAAUUGUGAAUUAUUUUUGAAAUGUGAAGUAAUUUCAAGAAGUGGAAACGAGGCAUGAGUUUUUGUCUCCUUGUGUGGACUUUUCAAUGUUUCAAUGAUAUUUUUGUGAAUGAUGUAUCAUGACAAAACACUUUACCUCAAAGUUAAAGAUGUUAAACUGCCUCAUUACUGUAUUUCAGAAAUGUCACGUUGCUUUCCAAGAUGUUCUUGCAGUUAUACUUGCGUGCCCCUCGAUAUUCUCAAAACUUUUUACUGUCAAUAAAGUUCAAUUUAUUGUAAAA